AUGGCCGACACACAUAAUCCCCCUGUUCAAGGCCGCCUCAUCAGCCAUUUUGCUGAACAGCCAGCGGAAGACCAAGGCGCAGGCUGGUCCGCACUCUGGGACUCCAAUGAAAGCGAUCUCUGGGAUAGAGGGAGUCCCUCAAUUGCAUUAGUCGAUGUAGUAGAGCGGCAGAAAGAUGUGUUCUCUUCCUUUACCCCUGAUAGACGGAGAAAGAGAGCCCUUGUUCCGGGCUGCGGAAGAGGCUACGACCCCGUCAUGCUGGCACUGCAUGGCUUUGACGUCUACGGCCUCGAUAUAUCCGCAACUGGCGUUUCAGAAGCGAGGAAGUAUGCCGCUUCGGAGAUGCAGAGUCCACAGGGAUAUAAUUUCUCCUCUGGAACACCGACUACAGCCGAUAUAGGGAAUGUAAAAUUCAUUGCCGGCGACUUCUUCAGCUCGGAGUGGGAGAGUGAAGCUCUGCGUAAUGGUGAGAAGUUUGACUUGGUCUAUGAUUAUACUUUUCUAUGCGCUCUCCACCCCUCCCUCCGUCAGAAAUGGGCCGAGCGUAUGAGCCACCUUCUCAGUCCGCGAGGCCUUCUUGUCUGUCUUGAAUUUCCCAUGUACAAGGACCCUUCCUUGCCAGGACCACCGUGGGGACUGAAGGGCGCUCACUGGGAUCUUCUCGCACGCGGCGGCGACGGGAUCUCUAAUAUUGCUGAAGAGGAAGAGGACGACGCAAAAGCUGCUAAGUUGACAGGACAGUUCCGGCGAACACAGUACCUUAAGCCUACGCGGUCAUAUCCGAGCGGUAAGGGGACGGAUAUGCUGAGUAUUUAUGUGAGAAAGUAA